AUGGCGCUUACCAUCGCGGUCCAGAUGGACCAUGUCUCCACCGUCGCGAUCGAGGGCGACACCACGUUCGCCCUGUGUCUCGAGGCGCAGGCGCGCGGCCAUGACCUGUUCCACUACACGCCCGACCGGCUGGCCCUGCGCGACGGAACGGUCAGCGCCUUGCUCGAGCCGCUGACCGUGCGCGACGUCAAGGGCGAUCAUUUCACCCUGGGUCCGGCCCAACGCACGGACCUGUCCCGGAUGGAUGUUGUGCUUCUGCGGCAGGACCCGCCGUUCGACAUGAACUACAUCACGACGACGCAUAUUCUCGAACGCAUCCAUCCGAAAACGCUGGUGGUCAACGACCCGGCCUGGGUGCGCAAUUCGCCCGAAAAGAUCUUCGUCAUGGAGUUUGCCGACUUCAUGCCCGAAACGCUGAUCACCAAGGAUGUCGAUGCGAUAUCCGAUUUCCGGCGCGAGUUCGGCGACAUCAUCGUCAAACCGCUUUAUGGCAAUGGCGGUGCCGGCGUCUUCCAUCUGCGCGAUGGCGACCGCAACCUGACCUCGCUGAUGGAGAUGUUCGGCCAGCUGACCAACGAGCCGAUCAUCGCCCAGCGCUAUCUGGCCGAUGUCCGCGCCGGCGACAAGCGUAUCAUCCUGAUCGACGGAGAGCCGGUGGGCGCCAUCAACCGCGUGCCGCAUGAAAGCGACACGCGCUCGAACAUGCAUGUGGGCGGCAAGGCGCUGGCGACCGAGAUGACCGAGCGCGAGCGCGAGAUCUGCGCGGCGAUCGGGCCGGCGCUGCGGGAGCGUGGCUUCAUCCUGGUCGGCAUCGACGUGAUCGGCGGUCUCAUGACCGAGAUCAACGUGACCUCGCCGACGGGCGUGCGCGAAGUCGCCAAGUUCGGAGGCGCCGACAUUGCGGCGCUUUUCUGGGAUGCGGUCGAAAAGCGGCGCUGA